UCACGUGACAUCGGUUGGGGCCGCCGACUCACCCCACCACGCACACACACCGACCUGGGGCCGGAUGAUAUCCGUACGCUAGCUAUGGGGAAGCAGUUGAAGUUACUGGUAAUUUGGGUCCCUGCGUCGAUUCUGUUUGUUGCGCUUUUGGUGUACAUGCAAUCACAAGGUAUUUUCUACAUGUCAACAAGGAGAAGCACAAACGAGUGCCCGAACUUAUCGACUGGAAUUGACAGUCAGGACCAGAGCCAGGAGGAUGAACACAACAUUCAGGAAGGGAAGGAUGAUCUCCCUUCUAACACUACAUGGAAACCCUGUACAUUUGACGUCUGCUUCAACCUAGAGAAAUGUCCACUCACUCACCCAUUCGCCGCCUAUGUCUACGAUGAUCUGCUUGCAUCUUCUUCGAACGAAAAUGCAUUUUCUCCUCAACUUUUAGUAGAUGUUUUGAAGGAGACAGGUUCAUACACCUCUGACCCUGCUAAAGCAUGUGUGUUUUUCGGUAUUCUUUGGAACACAGAGAGUGCAAGAGAAAACGUUGGCCGCCUGGAGACACAAAUUCACUCCCUGGCACAGUGGGGGGAAUAUGGCGAAAACCACGUUCUGGUUGAGCUGUCCACUGACCAGAGCCCUGCCAGCAGCAUGCUGGAAGGUGUUUCAACAGGAAAGGCUAUCAUUGCACGGAGUGUAGUCUCACCAGCCAAGCCGUUCCGCACAGGCUUUGACAUCCUUCUCCCUCCACUCAGGACGGCAGACGCAGACUCAAUGCAUUUGCUAUCUCCUCUCCUUCCUGUCUCCCGAGAGACUUUUAUUCACUUCCAAGGAGAAUACUCUCCACCUCAACACCCAGGCCCUGUUACUAUCACUCCAAAUCACAUCAGAAGUCUCCAGCAGCUCUUACAAGGUAAAGAGGGAGUGGACAUUCAGCUCCAGUGCCAACAGCUGGCGACCGGGAAGACAAAGGGGGCAAAGGAGGGGCAGUGGAUGUUGUGUGGAGACCAGAAAUCUCGACUUAAGCUUUGUUCCAAGUCUAUGUUCUCCCUCGUCCCAAGUCCAGGUGGACCUAACGCUGGAACAGGAGUCGGAAUCUAUACUAGACUGAUAGAGUCUCUGAUGUGUGGCUCUAUACCAGUUGUCAUUGGAGUAGGGGUUCUCCCAUUCGACGAAGUAAUAGACUGGAGUCGGGCAGCACUGAUUGUUCCUUCUGGCAGGUACUCUGAUAUCCCCUACAUCCUGCGAAGUGUUAGUUCAGGUGACAUUCAGAACUUUAGACUCAAGGGCCGACAUUUGUGGCACACCUACUUCAGCUCUUCACUGAGGGUUGUCCAGAUUGCUGUAGCCAUAGUGAGGUCACGGACUCUCCACCCACCUCCCCCUGCUCAUGACUUUGUUGGGAAACAGCUCGUUUACCUCCCGGCUCCCAAUCACAAGCAGAUUACCUCCCCUUUCUUCACCAAUAAUUUCACUGCCUACUCGUCGAGUUUCUGGAAUGAUAUCCCAGGUCCCCUGUUUUCCUACCCUUCAUCCCCCUUCAAUCCUGGGUUGCAUUUCAGCAGAUUGAACGAGUUCGCAUUUGCUCACAAUGCGUCGCAGUCAGUGGACGGAAGAGCUGCCAUAGAGUCAACUUUCAAGGAAAAUCUUCUUGUGAAUGUACCUGCCGAGCAGUUUACUGUGGUGAUAUUGACGUACAAAAGGAACGAAGUACUGAUGGAGGGGCUGGCAAAACUGAAAGGGAUUCCUUCCCUGAACAAAGUGGUAGUCGUCUGGAAUGAUGAGAAUGACCCGUCUGCUGACCUCAAGUGGCCCGAUAUUGGAGUACCUAUUGUGGUUGUUCGUGGUAGAGGUAACAGUUUGAACAAUAAGUUUCUGCCUUACAAAGAGAUAGAGACCGAAGCUGUGUUGCAACUCGACGAUGAUGUCCUUAUGGCUCCUGAGGAGAUCGAAUUUGGUUUCAGAGUUUGGUGUGAAAAUCGGGAUCGGAUGGUAGGGUUUCUUGGUCGCAAUCACAUAUAUAAUUUUAAGGACAAGAAGUGGAUCUACAGCUAUGGAACUGGUGAAUGCAAGGUGUCCUUGGCACUUACUGGCUGUAGCUUCUUUCACAAGACCUAUAUGUACCUGUACUCCUACUUGAUGCCGAAAGAAGUGAGGGAGAUGGUCGACCGCAUCAAGGACUGUGAAGACAUUGCCAUGAACUUCCUUGCUGCACAUCUCUCCAGAAAACCACCCAUGAUCGUUCCUACAAAAUAUUUUUUUGACUGUACUGGCCGAUGCAAACACAAUCUCUCCAAGAAAGGGGGGUGGAUGAAGGAGCGCAGUUUCUGCAUUGAGUUCUUAACUCGUAUUUAUGGUUACCUACCUCUUCUCUACACCACGUCUCGUGCUGAUCCUGUUGCUGCUGAGAUCCCCUUCAGUUAAGGAAUAUGGAAAAUGUUUUAAGCCGACCUGACAGUGUUUAAUAGCUGGCCAUCCCAGCACACUUGUGACUAUGUCUAGAUACAAUAGUUAAACUCCCAGGAUGCUUAUUGUCCUUUGGCCCUUAUUCAUUAUGUUUCAUAAAAACUCAUGGUUUGCAAAAGAAAAGAAGUUGCAACCCGGGGCGUGCAUCGACUCCCGUAGCUAUAUAGUAUGACAGCACAAACAAAAUCUAUCGAUUAGCAGCUUGCACUGGUUCCUUACGACACAAAUCCUCUAACUUGCUAAAUAGCUCCAUUCUGUAAGUGGCCCAAUCUGUAAAGCCUCUCCUUUCAAACCCACAAGACUUUCAGAGUUAUGAGAUCUUGAUCUUGUUAAGUGCCACCUAACAACUGCGGCAGAACACCUAACAUGAUGGAAACACCUUUACCCGGGGCUUUCGUGAGGGAGACACUGUCUGGUUGUCUCGACCAACAGCCAGGAAGCUAGACCCACCGCUAACAAACUCCUUCCCGUUUCUUUACUCAGACUAGCU